AUGGGUUCAGAGACAGGGAUAGAGGAGGACAACGGAGCUCUAACGGGAUCGCCCACCCGGCGAGAGCAAUACAAGGGUUCUGCUCGUGAGGUAGAGGAAAGCGACGGUGCUCGUCGAACGAGCCGCAUUUCAGCGGACGCGCACUCGACUGGCCACGAAGCCACGCCAGGAGUCGAGAACGGGAGCGCUGCAAGAGAGAGUGUUUCCGCGGCCGCUCAUGAUUCCAGCAAAGUAAACGGCGGGGUUCGAGCAAGUGUUAAUAGCGGAUCUGAGUUCAGGGAGCAGGAGGAUUCGCGGAAUGCCGUGCUACCGGAUGAGAAGGCGGGGUUUCCAGAGGCGUUUGGAGACGCAAUGCGCAGAAUUCCAGUGGCUGUUUGGAGGGCGAUAGCUGUGCUGCGCACCGUGCUGCCACGCGGGAGCUGGUGGGACCUGCAGCAGCUGGCAGGGGGGAAGGCAGUACGCGGGAAAGAGGCCAAUGGUAGCAGCAGUGCGGAUAACAAUGGGAAAGGGAGCGGGGGCGGGGAUUCGGCGGGUGAGCUGUGGGACGCCAUUCGCAAGCUCUGGCGUCUGUAUCUCAAGCCAGAGACGCAUAGUUCGCUCAGUGUUCUUGUUGGUCUUUCGAGAACUCCUUACCGCUCACGCCUCUCACCACCUCCCCUUGGUGUCCGUUCGUCCACGUCCCCCAUGAUCACCAUACAAUCUCCCCAUUUCCUACGAGACUGCAUCUUUCCCCCACGUCUCCCCCCAAACCGCUUGAGCAUUCGCCACUUCUUCCACUCUCACCCAACCCCUCAUCGCUUGGGCGUGCGCCACCAGCUGUCAGAGGUGACCAUCCCGCACUUCCUGGCGGCCACCAUAUUCGCUGCGUCCAACGGGCUCAAACCCCAGUUUGACAGGAACGUGCAACUCCUCAUCACCAUGACUCUCGCCUGCGGACUCUUCAGGUGUGCGUCAUGUUCAGGUGUGCGUCAUGUUCAGGUGUGCGUCAUGUUCAGUGGUCUGAGGGCCGCUUCUUUCACCAUCCUCAACCUCCAAAUGGUGCGGCGAAUGCGGCUGGCUCUCUACGAGACGCUCAUCCGGCAGGACAUUGCUUUCUUUGACGGGCAGUCGGUGGGCGACCUCACGUCCCGCCUCGGCUCCGACUGCCAGGCUGCCGGGCACACCGUGGCCAUUGACCUCAACAUCAUGCUGCGCAACGCCCUGCAGGGCAUCGGGGCGUUUGUGUUCCUCAUUCGGCUGAGCUGGCAGAUGGCCCUGGUGACUGCUUCCCUCUGUGGCCUCAUGUGGUACCUGCUCAUGGUGUAUGGCAGCUUCUCCCGGCGGAGCUCCAUGGUGGUACAGGACACUGUGGCCGCCGCCAAUGAGGUGGCAGAGGAAACGUUGUCACUCGCCCGAGUGGUGCGGACCUUUGGCACUGAGAGCAAGGAGGUGAAGAGGUACGAGGUGCCUCUUCAGCGCAUAGUGAAUGUGGGUCUGAGGCGGUCCGUGGCGUAUGGUGUGUGGACGUGCACCGGCAACACCAUCUAUAACGCCACUCAGGUGCUUGCUCUGAUCAUGGGCGGCGGGGCGGUGAUGGCAGGGCGCAUAACAGCGGAGCAGCUGACGCAGUUCAUUCUGUACGCGGAGUGGGUGGUGCAUGCCACGUGGUGGGUGGGCGACCACUGGGCCUCCCUCAUGGACUCGGUGGGCGCCUGCCAUCGCGUGUUCCAGCUGCUCGACCUGCCUCCCUCAGAGCAGCUCACUCAGAACCAUGGCCGAGUGCUGCCGUCGCUGAGCGGCAAGCUGGAGUUCCGAAAUCUCUCCUUCCGCUACCCCACCCGCCCUGAGGCACCGGUGUUGGAUCACAUCAACCUCACCAUCCAACCAGGCGAGCUGGUGGCGCUGGUGGGGCUCAGUGGAAGUGGCAAGAGCACUCUAGUAGGGCUGCUGCAACGCCUCUACGAACCCACAGAGGGGGAGGUGCUUAUAGACGACGUGCCUCUACCAGAGAUUGACAUCGCAUGGCUGAGAAGCCACAUUGGCGUCGUCAGCCAGGAACCCCGUCUCUUCAGCACAGACGUCGCAUCCAACAUCGCUUAUGGAAGCAGAGAGGAAAUUUCCCAAGAAAAAAUUACCCGAGCUGCAACCCAGGCCAACGUCCAUCAAUUUGUUUCAGGGCUGCCCGAGGGCUACGACACAGUGGUGGACAAUGCGCGGCUGAGUGGCGGGCAGAAACAAAGAAUAGCGAUUGCCCGUGCUCUAGUGCGCGACCCCACUCUGCUGAUUCUGGAUGAAGCCACGAGUGCUCUGGAUGCUGAGAGCGAGCACUACGUGCAGAUGGCGUUGGACCAGGCCAUGCAUGACGAUUCGGCAAUGGGAAGGAGAAAACGGACCAUCAUUGUGAUUGCUCAUCGGCUAUCCACGAUUCGCUCCGCAGAUAGAAUAGUGGUCAUGUCAGCAGGCAAGAUUGUCGAGAGUCACGAUCAGCGCAUGAUCAUCCACCUCAUUCACCGCAAGCAACCGGGCGCGGAACCGCCACUCGCGGGAACCUCCGCCUGCGGCGGCGCCACCAUCGUCACCGCCGCGGCGCACGUGUGCGCGGAUCGGCUGCGCGUUCGCCGCCUGUUACAGUCCCUCCUGGACGAAUGCGCCGCGGAGCUGCUGCCGGCGGUUGACGCCGCGGGGGAGGCACAGGCGCAGGCGCACGCCGCGGAGCGCGAUGGCGGAGCGGUGCAAAACGGAGCGGCAGCAACAGCCGCGGAAGAGCCCAAUGUUUUACUGUCAGAGAGGAAAAAACAACAGCUAGAGAAGCUAGGGCAGCGGCUUAGGUCUUUAAUCGCAUCGCAUAGGGGCGUGGUGCCUCCGCGCCCCGUCCUGAUGCUCUACCCCGGUGCGCCCAAGCGCUUCCUAACGCGCGCGCCCGAACCUCCCCCGUGGGAAGGCGGCGCGGGGGGAGCGGCGGAGGAGGAGGGGCGGAGGGUGCUGGCGUGCCGGCGCACGCGGCUGCAGAAGGAAUUGGCGGAGCUGGAUGAAAACGAGGAUGAUGAUAACGAGGAUGACGCGUUUGUGUUCAAUGUGGCGGGGAGAGUAGGAGAGGGGGGAAGUCAAGGGGGGCUGCGCGGGGCUGCGAAUGGGGGCGCUGGGAAUGGCGGCACUGGGAAUGGCGGCGCUGGGAAUGGCGGCGCUGGGAAUGGCGGCGCUGGGAAUGAGGGCGCUGGGAAUGGGGCUAUUGAGAGGGUGUUGGAUGAGGGAAAGACGAGAGAGGGAGCAGCAGCCCUUACAGCAGAAGGAGCAGCAGCAGGUGGGGCAGGAAAGAGAGAACAGCCUUCCCAGGCACCAGCUAACGCUGAAACAUUAGCCCCGUUGCGACCACCGCCGCAGCAAGAGCAGCUGCAUGGAGAACAAAAGCAGCAACAGAAGCAGCAGCUGGUGCUGCAACCGCAGCAGGAGGAAGAGAAGGCAGAAAGGCAGGAGCCAGCCCAACCGGGGGUGCAACAAGCAGAUUCUCUGGGAGGGUCAGGGUGGACCAGCCCCCUGGCCUCUGCUGAUUUCUCCUGGGCGGCACACGUGGCACCUGAAGGCUUGUUAGGCAGCAUUGCCAGCGCUGUAGCAGCAGUUGCUUCAGGUUCUUCCACACCCCCUUCACCCACUCCACAAGGCAACACCAGUACACUCCCCCAUGCUCCCCCUGCUCCCUCCACCCCCCCACCUACCCCCACUCCUGGUUCUGCCGCCUUUCCCCCCCGUCCUGCCACUCUCACCACUCCUGCUCCCACCAUCACCUCCGCAUCUCCCGGCCCGGCCAACCCUAGCGGGCUCUUCCAAUCAGGCAUGAGCGUGAUAUACGAGUCAGCACUGGCGUUCUCAACAGAGUAUACCAAUACAAUGCGCACGCUCACACACACCACCAGCGCCACCAACGCCAACUGGUCUACCCAGUUUUCCAAUAUGGUUACCGCUGCUGCCAUUGCGGCCGGCACCCUGGCCAGCGGCCCUGCUGUUUCAGGGGAAGCUUCAGGUGCUGCUGCUGGUGAUGCUGCAGUUGGGAACAACAGGGGAGCAAACACCGCCUUUCACGCUGCCAAAGCAGCUCCGGGUAAUGCUGGGUUACCACCAAUGCAGGGCAGGCCUAGGGAUGGGAAGGUGCGGGGACGGGUUGGUGACGUGGCGCCGUCAGGGCUGACGUGGGAGGAGGAGAUUGCGUCCCAGCUGGCUUCUGUGGGCGUGGCUGUUUCGUCCUGGGGCCCCGGGGAAGAGGCGCGGGCGGAGAGGGGAGAUGGUGGUGGAGGUGGAGGAGGGAGGAGAGAAGGAGUAGGAGGGAAUGUCGAAGCAGCAGCGGAGGCUAGUAAUGGCGUGUCACUCGCAGCGACAAAAGCAGGAACAGGAGCGGCAGCAGAGAGGGAAGACACUGCCCCUCCAGCAGCCCCUGCCGCAGCUUACCCAACAGCAAGGAGUGGUGGCAGCAGGGCGAGGACUCAGAGCAUGGUGGGACUGGUGGGGGGAGGCAGGGCAGCAGCAGGAGCCAAAGGAGCAGAUGGGGGGGUGGGGGGCCGGGCCACUCUAGGCAUACAUGUGGGGAGGGGUCAGUCAGGGCACAACAGGGCGGCAUCUGUAGCGGCGUCUGUAGCGGGGGCACCGCCGCCAUCCCCAGGGAGCGGAAGCAAGGGGGGAUUUGGGUUUGGGAGCUUUUUCUCCAAAGGGUGGCGAAGGGCGUUCAACCUGGAGUGA